GCCACAUCAACCGCCGCAUACGUCCUCCUGCCCUUCUCCCAGCACAGAGAUGUGCCCGUCCAUGGACUCACAGCGCGCGCUGCCUCAGAGCAGGCAGGGCUCUGGUCGGCAGGUGGCUUUGCCUGGGUUGUGAAUGUCACAGUUGGCACGCCCGGCCAACCGCUGUCCCUCCUCGUCUCGCCCUCUGCCGGCGACACGUGGGUGCCUGACGCGAAUACACUAGACUGCUCCCCAACUUGGUACUACCGCAACUACUACGGAGACUACGAGGACUACUCGUACUAUGACGAGCUCGAAAUACCCGACCCUAGUUGCCCUUGGGGCAGCUACAACUCCUCCCUGUCCCAGACAUAUCUUCCCGCGAACUCGCGUUACAGCGAUUUCAUGCCCAACUACGUGGACGACUUGUACGCGUCGGGCGAAAACAUCACCGACAAGUUGGUGGUGGGCGGCGUCGAGAUGGACGACUAUCCCAUGGGUGUAGUCAGGACGGCCAAUCGUUGGAUCGGAGUGCUUGGACUCGGCAGCAAUCGGUCCGUGAGCUACUCUAGCGGCGGCUAUCCAAACUUCAUGGACCGCAUGGUUUCGUCCGGCAAGAUUGCUACCCCAGCGUACAGCAUGUGGCUCGACAACCCAGAAGGCUCAUCCGGGGGCCUGUUGUUUGGUGCCGUCGAUCAAUCGAGAUUCACAGGCAGUCUGCUCCGGUUGCCAGGGAAGUCCCCAUAUAGUUACUCAUACAGCGGUUCUUUUGGUGUUACCCUCAACAGCAUCAACGGCACAACCGACUCGGGAUCUGUUAUGCCUCCCGUCAAGUCUAAUGACUUCCCCCUGGAUGUCACUAUUGGGCCUGGAGAGCUCUUCUCCUACCUCCCUGAGCUGCUAGCCGACAAGAUAGCAACCAUGGCCGGGGCCACCUACAACAAGACAUUGGCUUAUACCACAAUCCCAUGCGACGCUGCCAAGACCAAUUCCUCCAGAUUUGUUUUUGAGCUGGGUGGCACCGGGGGACCUUCGCUUAAUGUGCAGCUCUCUGACCUCAUCAUUCCACUGAGUACCAUGUCGCCAGACUUUACCAGCUAUAGGUACCGGAAUUUGACAAAUGUGUGCCUCUUUGGUGUCCAAAAACGCACCACCAGCUCCAGCUCAUCCAGCUCCUCGUCGUCAUCCUCAUACUACUACAACCUCGGAAGUUCCUUGCUCCGACGCUCCUACCUCGUGUUCGACCUUGCCAACCAGGAGGUCGCCAUCGCCCCAGCCAGGUUCUCUUCCGACGCGCCCUCACCUAGAAUUGUAGCCUUCGAACAAUACGGGGCGUACGCGCCAUCCGCUGCCUUGUUUUGCACCAGCUCGUCAUGCAGAUCUGACUGCGGCACCGCCGGUUGCGCCGGUCCCACGUCGACAAACGGCGUGUCUUCCCAGGCCCCCGACCAGAUCUUGGCUGACUGGGAAGCCGACCACUGGCGAGACGUCGCCAUCGGCGUUGGUGUGGGCUUUGGCGUGCUGCUACUUGUUAGUGCAAUUGCGGCUGCCGUCAUCUUGAAACGCCUCUGUCUGGGGGAUCGAAAAGGAGCUGUGACGGAGAAAGGAGGCGAGGAAGCAGGAACAGAAUCUCAGCCAUCUGAGACGGUUCAGGGUCCGCCUGAAGCGCCUGUCGCGCAGGGACCGCCGGGGCCUUUGCCGGUGAUUCAAGAGAGACAGGAGGAAGGUGCCGCGGCCAAUGUCGUAGCCCCUCAGCUUCCUGCUCUCAGCUCACAACUCUCGACUCCCAUGGUGGCCCCGGCGCCUGUAUCGAACCCAGGUCAAGACGCGGGUGCCAGCAGUGAGGCAGCGGGGCUAGCUGCUGGUGCAUCAUCGCAGGCCGCGCAGCCGAGUGAUGAGCCAGCUGUUGCGGAGUCAUCACAAGGGAAAGGAAAGGAGGUAGAAUCUGGCGGUGGU